AUGUCAGAUGAAGAACUUAGUAUUAGAACUUUUUGUUCUCUGGGCAUAAAAAAAUGGCUAGCCGAGAAUGCGUUCAAGCUUGGAUUGUGUGAAGCUACAACUGUUCAGAAAGCAUGCAUACCCCCUAUUCUUAAGGGCUUAGAUGUUAUAGGAACAUCUCAGACCGGUAGUGGAAAGACAGCAACAUUUGCUCUUCCAAUAUUGCACAUACUCUCGCAGGAUUCUUAUGGUAUAUUUGCAUUAUGCAUGACCCCAACUCGUGAGCUUGCAGUUCAAAUUUCUGAGCAAUUCAGUGCUCUUUCAGCAGGUUUAACAUUAAGAUGCCAGGUAAUAACUGGUGGAGAAGAAAUCCAGGCUCAAACCAGAUCGAUUUUAAGACGACCUCAUAUUAUAGUUGCCACUCCUGGUCGUUUGAUGGAUCACUUUUUAAACAGUCCUCAAGUUAUUGGGUGUUUUCAAAAUCUGAGAUUUCUAGUCCUUGACGAAGCAGACCGUCUUCUAGAACCUUCUUUUGAAUCAGAAUUGCGGAUUUUGUUCGAAAAUAUUCCUUCUAAACGCCAAACACUCUUAUUUUCUGCAAGCAUCACUCGUAAUAUUGCAGCAUUACAGCAUAUCACCAUGAAUGAUGCUUUUCAUUUUGAGGCAUUUGAAGGUUUGAAAGCUGUGAGCAGCUGUAGGCAAGAAUACUGUUUUCUUCCAAGAGUAAUGAGAGAUGCAUACUUACUUCAUAUAUUACAACAGAGGGAAAAUUGGGAUAUCCGAAGUUCUAUAAUUUUUACAAGUACAGUGCGUUCUUGCAUGAUAUUAUCUGGUAUUCUUGAUAAACUUGGAAUCGUUACAGUGAGUCUACACUCGAUGAAGAAACAAAAGGAGCGCAAAGAUUCGUUUGCAAGAUUUAAAUCCGGUGAAGUAAGUAUUCUGCUUGCUACCGAUAUCGCUUCCCGCGGUCUUGACAUUCCAACCGUUGAUAUGGUGAUAAAUUAUGAAGUACCCAUCGCGUCAAAAGAUUAUAUACAUAGGAUAGGCCGAACAGCAAGAGCUGGUCGAAGUGGACGUUCUAUUACCUUAGUUACCCAACACGACGUAAAAAUUGUACAAAAAAUUGAAGAUGCGAUCGACUCAAAGAUGAGAUGCUUAUCUCUUCCAGAAGAAGAAAUAGUGAAAAACAUGAAUAGCGUGGGAAGUGCAAGGCGGAGUGUGAAAAUCUCCUUACUUGAAAGAACUGGAUUUGGUGAAAAAGUUAACAAAAAUCAUAUGAAAUAA